AUGAGUGACGACGAAGAGGAUGAUGUUGGAAUCAAACCGGGUACAGUGAUCGACUCCAGCAAAGCUAACUAUGUCGUCGACAAAUUACUCGGUGAAGGCGGUUUCGGAGCCGUGUACAAAGUGCAUGAUGAGAAGGAUCCUAAAAAAGAGUAUGCAAUGAAAGUGGAGAAGAAAAUCGAAACACGGCGGCAUUCCAAGUUAAAAAUGGAGGUCGCCAUUCUUAAACUCGUAUCUGCUGAAAGGAAGCAGUCACAUUUUACUGCAAUCAUCGACAGAGGCAAAAAGGAAACGUAUUUCUUUCUGGUGAUGGAGAUGGUUGGCAAAAAUCUGGCCGAUCUGAAAGCGGAACGCCCGUUGAAGGUCUUUACGGUGUCUACUGCAAUGGGUGCUGGUAUACAGUGCUUGGAAGCAUGCGAAGACCUGCAUAAAUAUGGAUUCAUUCAUCGAGAUUUGAAGCCGGCCAACUAUGCAUGUGGUUUGGGAGCUAAGAAAAGAGUUAUAUAUAUUCUCGAUUUUGGUAUAGCGCGAAAGAUUUUGAAUGUGAAAGGGGAACUGAAAACCCCACGUCAGUCGGUUAGAUUCAAGGUAAGUUUCGGAUGCAGAGCUCUGGCGUUUCUUGGCACCAUACGUUUUGCUUCCAUUGCCUGUCACAAAAAUACAGAAAUGGGGCCAAAAGAUGACUGCGAAUCAUGGUUUUACCUGUUGUUGGAUAUUACAAUACCUAGAGGUCUUGUGUGGAAAUCAAUACCUGGUAAGAACGACGUACUAAGACUGAAAGAAGAAAUGCGCACAACGAAACGAGAAGACGCUUUAUCUGGUGUUAAAUGCUCGGGAGAUCUCAGCAAAGUACUUGAUUACAUCGACAGUUUGAAGUAUUUCGAUCAUGUUGACUACGACUUUAUCUACAAGUCCUUAACGCAGGCAGCGAAAACAUGUGGAGGAGACAUAAAUGAUCCGUAUGAUUGGGAGAUAGCCACGGAAAAGGCGACCGCUUCUUCAGUCACAAACAAAUCUUCAACUCGCAGUCAAAAGCCUCUUUGA